UUGCGAAAAUACUGAGAUGUCAGACCAAGAGAAGAAAGAUGUAAACAAACACCAAGAUGAGCUCGAUGAAGCUCAGGAUCUCGAAGAUAGCCAAGAUGCUUCAGAAAGAAGUUCUGAGGCAAGAGAGGAACUUUCAGGAAAAACAGUAGAUGAAGAUGCAAAGGAGAAUUUAGAAAAGGAUGAAGGGAAAUAUCAGAAUGACACUCCUCUUGAGGACAAUAAUGUUAAUACACUAGAACAAGAUGAAGAUAAAUCAUUAAAAGUAGAGAAGCGAGAAGAGGAAGGAGAGGAAGAAAAUGAAUCAACAAAUUCCUUAACAAAAGAAAGUAAGAAAAAUGACCUUGAACAUGAAGAAGAACCUGAGAUUCAAGAAAAAGAAAACCAAAACACCAUGAAUGACCCUGCUCCACAGUCUAAAAUCCUUCCUGAAGAUCCAAAUGAGGAUACCCUUAUUUCUACUCUGAAGGUUCAAUUAGCCCAGGAACAAAAAAAAUCUACAAAAUUACAAAGAGAGAAGGAGAUGUUGAAAUCAAAUUACGAAGAAGAGAUAGCUAAACUUCAAGAAACUCUCAAUUCUACAGUCAGUGAACUGAACAAAUCCCAGAGUAAAUAACCGGAAACUUGAGAUCAAGCUUUACAACAUAGAAGUGGAGAGAACCAAGCAGGGUGAGUCUUUCCCUACUGAAGAGAAGCUUAGUGACAACAAAAAAGCUCACUAUGAAACUAUGAAAAGAGACAUGACCAAACUUAUUGGCUUCAAGAACGAGCUCGAAAGCGUCGUUGAGCAGCAAAAUACAGAACUUGAACAAAAAUCUGAGGAUCUCAGGCUCCUUUCAAAUGAGCUUAGUGAAAAAGAGCAGGAGAUUGCUCAAAUGACUGAGUACAUUAGUAAUCUAGAGAAGCAUAAUAAAGAAAGUCAGCAGAAGAUUUCUAAAAAUGACUCGAAAUUUAAAAGAUCAAAGAAGGGCAAAUCCAAUGGAGCCACUGAGAUAAUGAGGCAACAAGAGGAAGAGAUCGAGAUGCUCAAGAGUAUGGUCACUGGUGGUAAGAAGGAACUUCAGACAAAAAUGCAUAAUAUUAAAAUACUUAAGAGGAAGUUGCAUAACCUUGAGAAAAUCAAUAAGCUUCAUUUAUCUAAACAUUCGGACGUUCAGAGUAUUAUUUCUGGAGGAUAUGGCAGGAAUAAGGAUCCCUUUAGCAGAUACGAAGAAGUACCAUCUGGCAAUGAGAAUGCAGGGUGUUAUAAUUCACCUGAUAAAGGUAUUGAAGAAGUCAGGAAAGAUUUGGAAGAAACAGGAAAGUUUAUUAAUGAGAAAACCGCUCACUUUGGGAAUACAAUGGAGCCAAAGAAAGAUUUUAAAAUUUCAAAGCAAAGCAUAUUGAAAAAUUCAAGUUUCAUUCAGCAGACUCCAAAGAGUAAUCUCUUAAAGAGCUCGAAGUUCAAAAGUAAAAGAGGUGACCAAAACAGGAAUUCAGUUCAGAGAGCUCCUGUGCCUGGACUUGAAGGAACUCCAACAAUUGCAAUGAGUGAUCCCUUCGACAGCAGAGUGAAACAAGGUUAUGACCAGUAUUGCAUAAACUUGAGUUCUCCAGGCUACAAGAAUAACUCUUAUGGGAUGUCUCAUGUCUUAGCUAGCUCUAGCUCAGCGAUUGAGCUGCCAAGCAUCAAGAAGAGAGGUUUCUAAU